GUAAAAAACAUGGCCGCUCGCAUGAAUGUCAUGCUACUCUAAUCCACCAACUGCAUCAGUACAUGUUAGGGUCCGUUUAGUCUUAUGAUACGUUUGGCAUUGAAAUAAGACAUUGCCAUCGUUUGUUCCAGACAUCUAAGGAUCUGUUAAGUCAACAUACACUCGAUUAGGUAGCUGAUCAGCUCUCGAAGUUAGCAUUUUAGCUAACUGGUGGGCAACUUCAGACCGACUCAGAAUGGAACCUGACCAGCAACUGAGAAAUCUCCGGGAUUUCCUUCUUGUUUACAACCGAAUGACUGAAAUCUGCUUCCAGCGAUGUACCAGCAACUUCAACUACAGAAACCUCACCAUGGACGAGGAACGCUGUGUCGACAGCUGUGCAGGGAAGCUGAUCCGCUCAAACCACCGUCUGAUGGGCACCUACGUACAACUCAUGCCUCGGAUGGUGCAGCGCCGGAUGGAGGAGAUGGAGAGCAAGGCCAAAGCGGCAGAAGCAGCAGCAGCGGCGGCCACAGCAUCUGCAGCUGUUGGCCCCACUGCCACAGACACUUCACAAGCAUCUCAACCCACCACUGCCUCAAUUCCAACCCCACAUGAAAGUCCACUGUUGCCCCCAUCAGUGACUGAUAUUGGACCAGAAGUUCAUGGCUCAGUGUUAAAACCGGCAGGAUCAGAAAUUCCAGUAGAGCUGGAUUUAUCAGCUGCCACACAAGUUAAAUUAUCAGCAGCCACACUACUCACACCUGCAACGGAAACAUUAAAUCCCUCAGAGCUUAAUACAGCUGGCAGUGGACCAUCUUAUACAGCAGGUUUUCCUCAGCUGCCCCCAGUUGGUUCCCAAAUUGAGUCUGGCAGCUCAGUACCUGUGUCUGUUGAGCCUGUGUUUACACCAUCAAAAACAACUUCCUUAUCAGAAGAUAUGCCUUUGUCAGCAGUAGCUGCACCUUCAGUGUCUAAAUCCACAGAGAGCCAGUCAGGCCAAGAGUGAGCCCCAGAGAUUCACACACUGCCAAUGUGUCAGUGAAGUCAGUGUUUGUCUGAGUGUUGGCAAGAACAAGCAACCCAAAUCUAACAGAUGGGCAUUGCAAACUGAGUUAAGUCAAGAAUGGGACAAUGGUGUGUAAUAUUGGUUCAUUCUACGUAGUUAUUCCUAUAAAAAAUAAAGAUAAAAUAUCAUUGGCAAUCACAGUUUUUUCUCCAUAUUGAUGAAGAAAGUAUGUAAUUAACAUAAAUGAUAAAAUAACAUUAAAAUGCACAUUAUUUUCCAUAACAUUGAAUAAAAGAUGUAUUUCCUCUGUUUUAAUUGUAAAUUUAUGUUUGCUUAAUACAAUAAGGAACUUAUUGUACCCUCAACCUUGUAUUUUGGAUAUUUUAUAUAUUAUUCAGAGCAAAACACUUAAGUGAUAAUGACACGAUUUCACAGGAUUUACUCGUGAUAUGAAAACACAAAAUAUACGUAGUACAUAAUAUUGUAAAGUAAGGUGCCAUUAUGCUAUCAUUAAAAUCAAGGUUGUAAAAUAUGUUUUUAGAAGC